AUGGAUUUGCUAGCUGUGCCUGUUUGCACUAUAGUAACAUGGUCAAUGGCGUGGCUAGAUGCUUUUUCAGACCGGCUGCUUGGUAAUCGUUCACGAGCUUCGCUAUAUUACUUCUCAACUCGGCAGUCAUUUAACUCCGAGAGAGUUAGGUAAACCCGAACCGAGACGAUGGCGAUAGUCCGAACGAGCGAAGAAUAUAAAUUAUGAUUGUUCAUCAUCGUCACCUAUGGAAGUAUGAAAUAAGCGGAUAGAUAUAUCAAUCCUUGCGACAUUUACUAUCAGCGCGGUUAAUAUAAACCGUUGUAUAUUCGUCUUUGCCCUCCCCCUUUCAACUCUACUUACGGAUCUAUAACACUAUAUACCUACCUUAAAAUACCCACAUAAAGGAAAUAGACACUCAUAAUGGCAACGCACCUCGCAGCUUUCGUUACCGGAAAGGGCCAGCCGCUCGAAGUCCAGGAGAAGCAGACGCCUAAACCCGGGCCUGAUGAGCUUCUCCUCGACGUGAAGGCGAUCGCGCUGAAUCCCAUCGACUGGAAGAUGCGCGACUUAGGCUUCUUCAUCACCAAAUAUCCCGUCGUCGUUGGUUCGGAUAUUAGCGGUGUAGUCCUCGAAGCUGGCUCCAACGUAUCUUCCACCUUCAAGCCCGGAACUCGUGUCGCGGCUUUUGCGCCGACCGUCUUCGUUCAGGGAGCUCCUGACUACGGGGCCUUUCAGCAGCGGCCUAUUAUUCCUGCGCAAAAUGCUACUCCAAUUCCUGACUACCUCUCGUUCAACGAAGCUGCUAUCCUUCCUAUGGCUGUCGCCACAACAUGGUCUGGAUGGGAAACCAUUGGUGUUUCCCGCAAUACCUCCUACUCGCCCAGUGACAAGCAAGGACUCCUGGUCUGGGGCGCUGCUUCCAGCGUCGGUAGCGUAGUAGUGCAAAGUGCUAAGUUACUCGGCUUCACCGUGUACGCCACCGCGAGCUCAAAGCACCACGCAUACAUCAAAUCGCUGGGCGCAUCCAAAGUCUUCGACUACAAGGACCCCGGCGUAGAAGACGCCAUAAUCAAGGCAGCCAAAGAAGACGGUCUCACAUUCCAGUACGGCUACGAUGCCGCGGGCGCUAUACCAUCCUGCCAUACCAUCCUGAAGGCGUUAAAGGGAAGUGGUCCAGCUCAUCUGGCCUCUGCACCUCGUCUGAGCCCAGACGGACCUACUACGGACGAUGUCGAGACCAAGUUCGUUGCUGCUUCGCCUGACGAUAAGGUGCGACAUGAGCAGUUCUCGUUCUGGUUUAAUACUUGGCUGAAGGAGAGGUUGGAGAAGCGUGAAAUCGUCCCGAGCCCCAAGAUCCAAGUACUCGAGGGAGGUCUACACGGUAUUAACAAGGGUCUUGAAAUUUUGAAAGCGGGAGUUAGCGGCAUUAAGCUAGUCCUCGAGCUGUAAUGGAUGAGCACAAUAUAAUUUACGCGACAUCUUUAACCUAGGUUAGUGGAAGAUGUAAUAGUAAAUAUCACAUCAAUUAUUGCUCUAAA